AUGCAAGUUUCCGACACAAAUAACGUUAAAAUUUACAAUCUAAGUGCUGGUAAAUCCUUGCCAGAGUGGUUAUCUGAAAGGAAACGUCGUGCUUUACUAAAGAAAAAUGUCGACAUUAGAAGGAGGAUUGAACUUAUUCAAGAUUUUGAUAUGCCAGGUGUCAGUUCCACCGUGAGGGUAUCGAAAGAUGGCAAAUACAUAUUAGCAACGGGCACAUAUAAACCCAGAGUAAAGUGCUUCGAUGUGAACAAUCUCUCGUUAAAAUUCGAACGUUGCUUCGAUUCUGACGCUGUAACUUUUCAAAUUCUUAGCGACGAUUACAGCAAGUUAGUGUUUCUACAAUGUGAUAGAUACAUCGAGUUCCACGCAGCUUACGGUAGAUAUUACAGGUUGCGCAUACCAAAGUUUGGUAGAGACAUGCAAUACGAUUACCCGAGUUGUGAUAUUUUCGUGGUAGGAGCUUCCUCGGACAUAUAUCGGUUGAAUUUGGAGAGAGGGCAGUUUAUGACUCCAUAUACUAGCACAGCUUCGGCUAUCAAUAAAUGUGUCAUAAAUCCAGUGCAUAAUUUAUUAUUAUGCGGUACAGAGGAAGGUAAAAUCGAAGCUUGGGAUCAAAGAAGCAAAUCGAUGAUUGCUAGUUUGGAUUGUGCACUUACCUGUGUUAAUGAAAAUAAAGACCUCGAACGGUUUCCAUCUAUAUCAGCUUUAAAAUUUAACGGAGGACUACAAUUAGGUGUCGGUACAGCGUCCGGGCAGAUAUUGCUGUACGAUGUAAGAUCUAACAAACCUUUCUACGUUAAAGAUCACAUGUAUGGUUUACCGAUUAAGGAUGUGGAGUUUCAUUAUCAACAUGACCUCGUUAUGUCAUUGGAUAGCUCGAUAUUGAAAAUUUGGGACAAAAAUAACGUAAGUCAAUUAAAAUGUCGGUUUGAUUUUGUCCAAUUUUAUAAAUAUUUGCAGGGAAAAUUGUUUACUUCGAUAGAAUCAUCAGUGGAAUAUAAUAAUCUGUGUACAGUGCCAAAUACCGGUUUAUUGUUUUUGGCUAACGAAAAUCCGAAAAUUCAAACUUACUAUAUUCCCAGUUUAGGACCGGCGCCUAAAUGGGCCAGCUUUUUGGACUCGUUGACUGAAGAAUUAGAAGAAAACACUGCAGAAAAUAUAUACGAUGGUUAUAAAUUCGUUACCAAACAAGAAUUAGAAAGUUUGGGUUUGGAUCAUUUGAUUGGUACCAAUUUGCUGAGAGCAUACAUGCAUGGGUACUUUAUGGACGUUCGUUUGUAUAAAAAAGCCAAAUCCGUGGCCAAUCCAUUCGAAUUUGACGAAUAUAGAAAGAAGAAAAUCAAAGAAACUAUUGACAAAGACCGCGAAAAUCGCGUACAAGUUAACAAACUACCUAAAGUUAACAAAGAUUUGGCUUUGAAAUUGAUGAAUGACGAACAAAAUUCGAAGAAAAAUAAAGCGGCUGCCGGAACGAUUCUCAAAGACAAUAGAUUCAAAGCUCUAUUCGACGAUCCUGAUUUCGAGAUAGACAAAAACACCGAUGAAUAUCGAUUGUUGAACCCGGUCUUGUCCCGUUUAGAUAGCGCUAAAAUGAAGAAAAUGAAGCAGAAAUUGGUGUCGCAAGAAUUCGAACCUGUCGAGGAGGAAAUGGAAGGCAAAAACAGUUCGGAUGAAUCUGAAGAUGAAUUCGAAGACAUGGAAGAAGACAGUUCAGACGACGAGCACACUUGGACUAAAGAAGUGAAGAAGCAACAUAAAAUCAUACAGAGGGAACACAGACAAAAAGAAAGGGAAGAAGAAAUGAAGUUGAUGGAAGAAGAAGCUGCGAAACAACCUAAAUUGUACGAACUUAGACACGGUGAAGAAUUCAAAGGGCUUAAUGGUCUGAAGAAAAAACUCAACAAGGCUUCUCUCAGCGAACGAUUACAAAACGAAGACACGUCAGUUCGACUGUUGGGCUCAGUAGGCAAUCGAGAAAUGACUUUUUCGACUAGGAAGAAAAGGCCCACGAAAUUCGAUGAGAAAAAUCGUCACAUAGAAGAACGCAAACGUGUAGCCAGAACAGUCAGACCAAAAAAAACAGGUUAUAGGAGAUAA